CGUCGUCCAAUUGUGUGUACAUUCUCGAGUGUCUUGUGAUGAACGAGAAAGACGUCCGGGCCACUGUGGCCCUUUUAGGGGGCAGUAUGGCCACCACGGCCGUGGCCGGACCCCUGACAACUGUGGCGCCAUUGAGGGCAAUCGACCCGGAGCAGGUGAAAAUGAGAAAGGCCAGUCGAUCCAAAACGUUUGCCCGCAAAGACGAAAAGAGAAACAGCGCCCUGGGAUUUCUCAGCCUGUUUGGCCGCAAAACGAGUGAGAAGACGCGGUCGGCCGUUUUCCAUUUGUCGGAUGAUUCGCUGGACGACGACACCAAGUCCAUCACGGCCUCGAAUCCCUACCUGGCCAGCAUCGGGUUGCCUUACCCGAUGCGUCCGCCCGUGUCGAAAUCCUCGUCGUCCAGCUCGCUCCUCCUCACUCCCACCACGCCCAUGAGUCCCUUGGUCCCCUUGGUCUUUUUCUACGCCCUUGAGCUGUCGUGGGCCGAUGAGGUGCACGAGGCGGCCGAAAUGGACGACCAAGUGGCGCCGGCUCGGUACGACGACGACAACGUCGAUUACAACAACGACGAACUUGGCUGCGCCGAGACGGGAUAUUUGACGACGACGCCGUCUUCGCCCGAGAUAUCGCCCCGAAAGUCUUCGCUCUUCCGGCGCCAGGGCAUCCGCCGCAAAGACACUGGUUCCGGCAAAUCGAUUGGCAAAAAUCGGCGCUUCACUCACGCCGGCGUCGUUUCGACUGCCAGCAGCCAAUCUGGAAGCUCACCACCACCGGAUCCGGCCAUUGGAUCGCUGGGCCAGCCGUUGGGAGCCUUGAACAAGAAAGUCUUGCGAGGCAUUUCGGCUCCGGUUACGUCAUCCGCAGCGGAAACCUCGUCCGAUUCCGACGGCGACGAUAACCCUGCAGCGAUUGCAUCCAACGCAGAGGAUGUGGUAGACCAUCACCGAGAAGAAAAUGCGAUUAACAAAACGAUUCCGGCGGCACCUUGCCUCAUCCACCGACACAUGAGCCAGAAGCACUGCGCCAUCUGCAAGUGUCCGCGUGAUGUCCACGACGUCACCCACAAGGAGUCGGUCAACGUCCACGACCGAUUGGGAUUGAACAAGGAGGGAGAAGAGGAGCAUCAGCAUCGCCACCAGCAUCAGCAGCAGCAGCACCCGCAGCUGCCGGCCAGCAGCAGCAGGGUCAUGCCUCUCAACAAGGGUGCCCGGCCGACGUCGUCCGACGUCUAUUCAUGGAUACCCGCCGGACUGACUCCCGAUCAAAUUGACGAUUUUAUGACGAGUUGGCCCAAGGACAAAGUGCCCAAGAGAAACUCACAAGGCGACCGGUGGCGCGAGCACCAGCUGGCGUUCCAGCUGCCCAGGCAGGACUUGGCGUUAGCCUAUUGCCGUUACGUCGAGCCGCAGAAUCACACUUCUUAUCAGGAUUUCGUGGCCGCCCGCAAUGACAUUGCGCUCGACAUCGCCUACGUCAAAGAAACCAGCACUCGUGCCCAGAAGUGUUAUGGUUGUGAAGGCAACAUUCCGGCUGGCACGUUCGGCGUCAUGGCUCCAAAGUUUGGCGAAAACGUGGCCUGGCAUCCGGCCUGCUUCCAGUGCACCACCUGUGCCGAACUGCUGGUCGACUUGACUUACUGCGUCCACGAGGAGCAGCUCUACUGCGAGCGUCACUACGCCGAGCAGCUCAAGCCGCGCUGCUCCGCCUGCGACGAGUUGAUUUUUAGCGGCGAGUACACGAAAGCCAUGUCGAAGGAUUGGCACUUGGGCCACUUUAGCUGCUGGCAAUGCGACGAGUCGCUGACUGGGCAGCGCUACGUUCUGCGCGACGAGCAUCCGUACUGCGUCAAGUGCUACGAGACGGUCUUCGCCAACAACUGCGACGACUGCAACCGCGUCAUCGGCAUCGACUCGAAGGAUUUGUCGUACAAGGAUCGCCAUUGGCACGAAGCCUGCUUCUUGUGCAACAAGUGCCGCCUGUCGCUGGUCGACAAGCAGUUCGGCUCCAAGGCCGACAAGAUUUUCUGCGGCCCGUGCUACGACUCGAUGUACGCCACGCGCUGCGACGGAUGUGGCGAAAUCUUCCGCGCCGGAACCAAGAAGAUGGAAUACAAGAGUCGGCAGUGGCACGAAAAGUGCUUCAGCUGCUUCGUGUGCAAGACUCCGAUUGGCACCAAGUCGUUCAUCCCGCGCGAGCAGGACAUUUACUGCUCCGGAUGCUACGAGGAGAAGUUCGCCACUCGAUGCGUCAAAUGCACCAAGAUCAUCACGACUGGCGGAGUGACUUAUAAGAACGACCCCUGGCAUCGUGAGUGCUUUACCUGCACUCACUGCGACAAGUCUUUGGCCGGCCAGCGAUUCACUUCCAAGGACGAGAAACCUUACUGCGCCGAGUGUUUCGGAGAACUUUUCGCCAAGCGCUGCACCGCUUGCACCAAGCCCAUUACCGGCAUUGGCGGCACGCGAUUCAUCUCUUUCGAGGACCGCCAUUGGCACAAUGAUUGCUUCCAAUGCGCUAGCUGCAACGUGACUCUGGUUGGCAAGGGAUUCAUCACCGAUGGCGCUGAUAUUCUCUGCCCCGAGUGCGCCAAACAGCGCGUUCUUUAAAUGAACAAAAAUUCUUCUUCUUCUUUUCUUCCUUUCAAAUUAUUCUUUCGCAGCAGCAGACCCUGGAAGGCGGGGAGGGGGAAAUUCUAAUAUCGUUUUUUGUUUUUUCACUGGACCGAUGACCAAAAAGGAAAAAAGAAAAAAAGGAAAAUAAUUCGAUCGUAUUAUAAAAUAGCGUUGGUAGGCAAAAGUGUUCAUGUUUGUUUAUUUCUCAAUUUUUGUUGAUUGGUUCGUUAUUUAAACAAUGAGGAAGAAAAAGUGGAGAUAUAUUUACUAAAUGGUGAUGUAAUCCCUCUCUCCCCUGCCGAGGAAUGUGCCAAGCAGAUUUAUUAUUAUUCAUUUAUUUAAUUAUUAUUAUUCCCUUCAUAUAUAUCUCUCUAACUAUUUCUUGCAGAUCGGGGUAGUCUUUCUCUUUGCAACAAGAAGAAUGUAGGCUUGAUUGGAAGCUUUUAUCAAACACACAUACACAAACACACACUCGUUUUCUGUUUUGUUUUAAAAACUAAUCAUUUUUGGUUGUUAUUUUGCCGCCCUCCCUUCGACUGUUGUUACGACACGCGAAGAUUUUUGCUUUUUAUCAAUUUUUUUCUUUCCUGGUUUAUUAUUCUUUUUGUUUUCUAUAUACGUUCUUUCCAGCCAUGAAUAAUCCACAGUUUAUUAUUUGCUCUGCAGUCGGUUGAAUCGUUGUCUUUGACUUGUGCCUUUUUCAACUUUCCCACAACACCCCCCCACCCUCCCUCCACAUCAGAAACAAUCCGCUGGCGUGAAUCCAUUUAUGUUUGGCCUUCCGUGCAGUGUGUUUUCUUUCUGUCUUGGUUAUUUUCCGCCAUUUUCCGACGACAAUAAUCAGCAAUCAAUUGACGAUCAAGUAUUCUGUUUCCCAAUAUGAUAUUCUCUCCUCCUCCGUCAAAUCGCCUCUCCCCUUUCCUUCUUUGUGAGUGUUGCUGCACAUAGACUAAGAAACGUGUUGAUGAUGAAAAUAAUAAUUAUAACAAAGCAAAAAGGAUGUUUAACAAAUACAAAAUAAGGCAAAUUA